AUGGAAACCAACCAGCGAGACAGCCUGGGAGUAAGCUGGGCACCUAAAACCCAGCAGAGAUCCCCAAGCCUCCCGAAGGGAGUCUGUAGAAGCUAUGGGAGGCAGCAGCGCAAUGCCACUGGCCAAUUAAGCUGCGGAGCAGCUCCAGGGAAGAACUGGGACAGCGAGUGGUCGGGAGAUUGUAGUCUUUGCCCUGGCUGUACCCAGCUCUAUGAGAAAGGAAACUUUUGCCCAAUUUGUACAUGCUGCUAUGAGGAUAACUACUAUGAAAGCAAGAUGAUGCAGUGUGCACAGUGUGACCAUUGGGUGCAUGCCAAGUGCGAGGGCCUCUCAGAUGAGGGCUACGAGAUUUUGUCUGGCCUGCCAGACUCGGUGCUGUAUACGUGUGGGCCAUGUGCUGGGACAGCCCCUCCUCAGUGAAGAGAAGCCCUGGAUAGCGCUCUCCGGGGAGGACUGCACCAGGUACUGCAAGGGUUACUGAGUGCCAAGGUGACUGGACCUCUGCUACAAUGCACCCAGUGUGUACAGGAUGGGGAGCAGUUGCACCGAGGACCCUGUGACCUCCGAGCUCUAAGCCAGCUCUUUGAAGAUGGACACCACAGUUCUGUGCACAGCUUCAUGGAGGAUGUGGUCGGUAUCCUGAUGAGGCACAUGGUGGAAGGGGAGGCUCCUGAGCACCGGGCUGUUGGGCAAGCCAAGGGGCUCUUACUGAAGCUACUAGAGUCUGCCUUCAGUUGGUUUGAUGCCCACGAUCCCAUGUAUUGUAGACGGAGUACCCGGCUGCCCAAUGGAGUCCUGCCCAAUGCAGUUCUGCCUCCAUCUGCGGAUCAUAUCUAUGCCCAGUGGAGACAACAAGAGUCUGAGACCCCAGUAUCUGGCCAGCCCCCUGGUGGAAGCACCACUCCAGCCACCGAGGCAAAGGAGCUAGCUUUGGAUUCCCAUCUAAAGGACCCUCGACAGUGUGCCCUCUGCCUCAAGUAUGGAGAUGCUGACUCCAAGGAGGCUGGAAGGCUCUUAUACAUUGGACAGAAUGAGUGGACACACGUUAAUUGUGCCAUCUGGUCAGCAGAAGUGUUUGAGGAGAACGACGGCUCCCUCAAGAACGUUCAUGCAGCUGUGGCCCGAGGCCGGCAGAUGAGGUGUGAACUCUGCCUGAAGCCUGGGGCCACUGUGGGCUGCUGCUUGUCCUCUUGCCUUAGCAACUUCCACUUCAUGUGUGCCCGCACCAGCUGCUGUAUCUUCCAGGAUGACAAGAAGGUAUUUUGCCAAAAACACAAGGACCUCCUGGAUGGCUAGGAGAUCGGGACUCCUGACGGCUUUGAUGUUCUCCGCCGGGUCUAUAUUUAUUUUGAGGGCAUCAGUUUCAAGCAGAAGUUUUUGACAGGAUUAGAGCCAGAUGCCAUCAAUGUGCUCAUUGGCUCUAUCCGAAUCGAUUCCUUGGGGACGCUGUCUGACCUGUCUGACUGCGAGGGAAGGCUCUUUCCCAUUGGCUACCAGUGCUCACGUCUGUACUGGAGCACAGUGGAUGCCCGUCGGCGCUGCUGGUAUCGGUGCCGGAUCCUGGAGUAUCGACCCCGGGGCUCUCGGGAGAAACCUGACCACAUUGGGGCAGCAGAGGAAAACAGGACCAUUGUGCAUAGCCCCGUCCCUACUCCGGAGCUGCUUGGAGCCGAGUCCCCCCAACCAGGGCCUGACACAGUUUCCCUGGGUCCUGAGCGCUACUCCCCUGCCCAAAACACAGGCCCUUUACCCCCGCCUCCAGAGCAGAGCAUCACCCCUUCCCCGGUUCCCCGAUCUGUCUCAGGGGCUAGAAUCAAAGUGCCCAACUACUCACCUUCCCGAAGGCCCCUGGGAGGUGUCUCCUGCUGGCCACUCCCCUCCCCUGGAAGUCCAUCAUCUCUGUCUCACCACAUCCCAACAGUUGGUGAUCCUGACUUCCCAGCUCCCCCAAGACGUUCCCGCCGUCCCAGCCCCCUGGCUUCCCGGCUGCCACCCCAAUGGGCCUCUCCACCCUCCAGGCCCACUCCUCAGCUCAGGGUGCCCCCUCCUACCUCAGCCUUCGAGGCCCUCAUGCCUACCUCAGGGGAGCUGGCUCCCCCUGGUCCAGCCUCCUCCCCACCCCCUCCUCCUGAGGACUUGUGCCCUGACUUUGAGGACAUGGAGGUGGUGCCAGGGCUGAGCACGGCCGACUUGGACUUUGUGGCUAGCCUGCUUGGAUCUGAAACCUUCCAGGAGGAGGAGAUUGUGGCCGAGGGGGCUGGGGGAAGUAGCCAGGGGGGUCCUGGGGAUAGUUCAGAGAAGGAGGCUGGCCCUGCUGCCCACUACAUUCACUUCCCCCCAACUGUGGUGCCUAGGCCUGUCCUGCCACCUGGUCCCAUACCUGGAACCCCCAGAAUUGAACAGCUGGAUGGAGUGGAUGAUGGCACGGACAGUGAAGCUGAGGCCGUCCAGCAGCCCUGGGGCCAGGAAGCCCCCCCUUCAUGGCCAGGGGUGGGGGGUAGGGGGUGGGGGGGAGGAGGGGAUGGGGCAAGGCCCCCUGAAGACCUUCCUUCGGAAAUUGUGGAGUUUGUACUCAAGAACCUAGGUGGAGCUGGUGAGGGUGGGGCUGGCCCUGGUGAAGACCACCCUCUACCACCCCCUUCACUGGCUAAUGGCAGCCAGGCCCCCCCAGCCCCACUCCCCACCCCAACUGAUGCCCCCCAGACAUUUGCCUGGCUUCCUGGGGCUUCUGGAGUUGGUGUGCUAAGCCUCAGUCCUGCCCCCGAACCCCCCAAAACUGCUGCCUCCAAGAUCGUUCUUGUUAACAAACUGGGGCAGGUGUUAGUGAAAAUGGCAGGGGAGAGUGAACCAGCCCCACCUCUGCCAAAACGGCCUCCACCAACCCCUCCUACUGCCACCCCAGCCUGGGGUCUCACACCUGGGCCCUUGUUGAGUGUGCUGCCUGUGGUGGGGGUGGUGCGCCCCCCACCUCCACCUCCCCCAUCUCUGACCCUGGUGCUGAGCAAUGGGGCGCUGCGUCCAGCCAUUUGAGUCAAGAGGGUGUCGACCUUUGCUGGCGGCAGCCUCUCAGCACCCCCGCCAAAGCAAGGCCCCCCGCUGGAUGGGGAGGGGGAGUCCCCCCAGAGUACCCCCACAGUGGGGACCUUGGGCAGUGGAUUGAGCAGAGUAGGGAUGAAAACACCCACUGUGGGGGGGGGGGGAGUCCUUGACCUGGAUGCUCCUGGAGAACCUCGUGGGGGAGAAAGUCCCACGACCCUUCCUGAUGGGGCCCCAUUGCUACCGCUGCCGGACUGUGGCUUCCCCAAGGUCUCUGAUGGCCACCCAGACCUGCUGUUUGAGCCCCAGUGGCACCAAUACUCAGGUGAGGCAUCCAAUUCAGAGGAUGAUCUGCCAUCCCCUGAAGACAAGGAGAACCAGGGUCCCAGGCGGGCAGGGCCCCACCUGCGCUUUGAGAUCAGCAGUGAAGAUGGCUUCAGUGUGGAAGCUGAGAGCCUGGAGGGGGUAUGGCGGACCUUGACUGAGAAGGUCCAGGAGGCCCGGGGUCAUGCCCGGCUCAGGCACCUCUCCUUCAGUGGGAUGAGUGGUGCACGGCUCUUGGGGAUCCACCAUGAUGCUGUGAUCUUCCUGGCCGAGCAGCUGCCAGGGACCCAGCGCUGCCACCACGACAAGUUCCAAUACCACCAGCAGGGGGAGGGGCAAGAAGAGCCUCCCCUGAACCCUCACGGUGCCGCCCAGGCAGAAGUCUACCUCCGGAAAUGCACCUUCGACCUGUUCAACUUCCUGGCAUCCCAGCAUCUAGUGCUGCCUCAGGUGGCUGCCUGUGACGAGGAGGAGGAUGAGGGGAAGCUCGGGUCCACCAGGCGCACCACCAGUUUGGAACUGCCCAUGGUCAUGCACUUCCGUCACCAUAAGAAGACAUCCAAAGAGGCUGUGGGGGUCUACAGAUCAGCCAUCCAUGGCCAAGGCUUGUUUUGUAAACGCAACAUCGACACAGGGGAGAUGGUCAUCGAGUACUCCAGCAUAGUCAUCCUCUCAAUGCUCACAGACAAGCAAGAAAAGUACUACGAUGGGAAGGGCAUCGGGUGGUACAUGUUCCGAAUGGAUGACUUUGACGUGGUGGAUGCCACCAUGCAUGGCAAUGCGGCGCGUUUCAUCAACCACUCUUGUGAGCCCAACUGCUUCUCUAGGGUGAUCCACGUGGAGGGCCAGAAGCACAUCGUGAUCUUCCCUCUCCGCCGCACUCGGGGGGAGGUACUCACCUAUGACUACAAGCUCCCCAUCGAGGAUGCCAGCAACAAGCUGCCCUGAAACUGUGGGGCCAAGUGCUGCCGCCCCUUCCUCAACUGA